AUACAAUUUAAGUGUUAAAAUAAUUUUAUUAUCCAUAAGGGUGCGAUUUUUUUAACCAAUAGAAAUCCGUCUUAUAUAAUUCGCCAAAGCAUGACCAAGGCAGACAUUUCUAAGGGGUGAAAGUAGCCUUUAGAAAAACGAAGUUUUAAAUUUCUGUUAUUUUUCAUUGAGUCAAAGAAUACAUUGAAAAAAAUAAAUAAUGAAUCUAGAUCCGUCAGGUAAAGCUAGAACGGUUAUGUUCAAGAACAAAGGAAAAGAUGCCGAUGUAAGUAUAUAAUGUAUUCAUUUCAGUGUCCACCUCACCCAAAAUGACUAAAUUUAGUUGCAGUUGAGUAACAAUAAAUCAAUUACAAUUACCCUUUUGAAGGCUUCUCAUUGAUAAUAAACAACAUUCACACCUUUACAAUGUGAAGCACAUGAAUUAUUCUAGUAUCUCACAUAAACUAAGCCAUUUAGGCUUAUAAUUAAUACUUGCUACACUUAUUUGUCUCGUGACAAAUUAAAAUUAGAGGAUUAACAGUUAACACUACCUGCGAGUGUUCUGAUCUGAGUCUUGAGACCCACCUUGAGUGUUGUGUUUUCAAUUGUAGUUGAAGGAAAAACUUUUAUAUUAACAGUGAUUUUAAAUGUUAAUAUAUAUAUUUUUGUUCUGCUUACCCUGUGUUCACGACUCAGACCUCAUCACUUUACUUAACUUUUUAAUUUUAAAAUUAUAAUUUAUAAGUUAUUUAUUUAGACAGUCCUUUGUCUUUACUGAGACUUUACUCCAUAAUGAUAAUGUCAUAAUGCAGGUACUUGAAUACAAAAUUUUAAAAAAUUGAAAUAAUUUUUUUAAUAACACAGAGCUAAUUUCAAAUAAAAAAAUGAAACCAGAAUCAACUUUUUGAGCUACGAAAUUUUAAAGUGUGAGUUUGUUUGUUUUUUUUUACUAUGGACGAAACCUCCACAUCUUUUGACCUCAUUCCGCUGAUCGCAUCAUGCGCAGUGACUAUAUACUUUAUAUAAGGCAACGCAUCGCCUUAUCCCUAAAAUACUGUUUAGGGUCGACUUAGUUUAAACUUUAAACUUUGCCACAUGAAUAAUUAAUUAAAGCUUUUCCUGAUCAAUGGUAUAAUAAUUUUUGCACAUGGCAAACUCUUAUGAAUGAAACUCUGAAGUAAUACUACGAUACAGCCAUUAUGCAAGUGGCUGUGAAUGGUUGCCAAUGACAAUGUGUUUCACACUGUAAAUUCUGAUCAUUUAUAAUAUGGACUCAACCGGGUUUUUAAAGUUCAAACUAAUACUAAUACAUUCCAGUUGAAAUGUCUUCAAAAUGCAUUCUGAAACACAAGUUAUCAAAUAUUUUGAUGUAAAUAGUGGUAAUAAAUUAAUAUUUCCUAAGUAUCGGCAACUUCCGCCAUUGAAAAGGGGGCGUGGCCCACCCCAUGGCCAAAUCAGGUUGAGGGAACUGCAUGACCUGCUGCGAACGCGUAGAAACAUGGCGUCUCUCGUAAAACACAUAUCGCUGUGAAAAUUGGCAUACAUGUAAUGUAGAUCAAUACAUUCCCCAGAUGCAAAAAAAUUUGGUAGUGACAAAUCUUUUACUUCGACUUAAUUUUAAUGAUGAAAGUUGCCUUAUAUUUACCAAGGAUUUUCUCAAAGCUGACCGAUUGUAAAUGAAAAAGAAAUUGAUUAAAAUGUAGGCCAAGAUGUCCUCUUAAGCGAAAGGCUGGAAGGGGAACACAAUUCUGGGAUAUAGUAAUUAUUUUAUGAAUGAAAUAGUUCCACAUCAAAAAAUAAAAAACUCGGAUUUUCGCGCGCCGACACCUAUUUCCCAUACAAAUAUUUUAGUAGUCUCCCUUGGUAUCGAAGUCCCUACAUAAUGGUGUUCAACUUGACUUCUUUCGUUUACUUUUAUACUUUCUCAAAAUCAAGUCAUUCACUGAAUCAGAUAUCUUUCUGACUCAAUGAGGUUUGGUUAACUACCGCCCGGUGUUUGUCACUUCUUAUUUAUAUUAUUAAUAUUAUUAUUAUUAUGGCCUGCUAGUAAAUAUUGUGUGAGUUAAUUAAAAUAGGCCAGAGAAUGGAUUUAUUUAUUUUUAAUUUUAUCAAAACAAAUUUCACACUCACACACUUAGGCAGUAAUGGUCAUUGGAAAAAUAUGGGGCUUUUCUAUAGUUUUUCAUUUGCACACUGCUUGUUGGCUGACCUCUGAUGUGAUGGCAGCGCCUGACUUCUGGCCACUUAAAGCAGUAAUGGUCAUUGAGAAAAAUAGAGGGCUUUUCUAGUCCAAUGCCUAUAAUUUUUCAUUUGCACACUGCUUGAUGGCUGACCUGAUGUGAUGGCAGUGUUUACACUUGUAUUUUAGCACUGUUCUGACCUUGUCGAAUGAUAGAGAGAAUGCAGUCUUUUCAUGACAGUUUUGGUGAAAAGGUCUAGAUUGAUGACUAAGGGAUGAGGGGGAAAGGGGGCAACUGGUUGUAGCUGCUUCUUGCUGCAUGUUAGAGGGUUUCAAUAAAGACUGAAGUUUAAGUCUAAAGACAGUUGCUAUGUUCACCUAUGUUGUUUAGACAACACGCUGGAAGCCAUGUAUAUAAAAGUAGUUCUCAACAACAUGGCUUCCUUAUAUAAUACAGAACUAUAAGAAUUUACCCCAGUAUCUAUACCCCUCACCAAAUUUCAAUUGUCUCCUCCCCUCGUAUCAGCUAUAUUUUAUGGUUUAAAAACCCAUUUCAAGCACUCACAACAUACAUUUAGGUUCUCUUUUAAGCCUAAGCUAUAUGUAAUCUGUCCAGGCGUCAUUGGCGUUAAUAAUAAUACUAGGCUAAUGACUACUCCACUACAUUACAUGACAAUUAAUGUUGUGAAUUUGGUUUUUUAUUUUUUUGUUAACAGAUUAUCAGUUGCAGAAAUUUGUUUUAUUGCCCCCUUAGAAAUACGUUAGGGACUUACAUAUAAAAUUGAAAACUCCGAGGGAAGAUAUUCCCUGUCCUGUUUCCCUAAUUUAAAAAUCAUUAUUUUAAAUGAUUAAAUAUAGAGUUUAAACUUAUGCAUGGUCACUGAAAACACUGAAAAAUAUAAGAUAAGAUUACUUUUAUUGAUCCAAAUAAAUGAAAAUGAGUCUUCAUUGCAUUAUACUUUCACUUUCAGCAUAUCAAUUUAAAAAAAAAUACACUGAUAAACAUUAACAUAAGAUCUUUUGUUUUAAACCUUUACUUACCUAUUGACUUAUAUGAUUUUGUGACAGCUGGAGAAACUUAAUACAUUCUAACAGAUUGGGGAACAAAUUGUUAAUCGUCCUAAUCAGGGACUGCUUCUCAAAAAUAUAUAUAUUUAUACCCAAAUUUUGGAUGAAACAUUGUAACUUUGGCACCUUCUAAAGAGGGCGCCCAAUGCAGGCUCACCCUUUAACACCCCCCCCCCCUUUUCUUUUUCUUCUCCGUAUGUCCCUGGAUGUGAGGAUCAAAUGUUCAGUCUAAUGGACUGUUAUUUCUUGAACUGGUAAAAAUCAUUAUGGUUUACCCAAAGAUAUGCUCCAUGCCCCACCUAGUCACUUAAAAAUUAAGAAGUUUCAUGUUUCUCUAGCGGAGCAGCUAAAAUAAGAAAGACAUCUUGUCCAGCUCUGUUUGAAAACCCUAUCUCUCAGUGUUAAUAUGUCUCCCAUAAUCUUAAGAUUGGCCCCCAGUGGUGUGCAAACCCAAAUAUAUAUAUAAUAUUGUUCGUCAGAAAAAAUCGACAAUGACCACAAUAAUCAUCCUAUAUGUGAAUUGUGAACUUGUCUCAUCAGCUAUCUGCUCAGCCACUGUGUAGAUCCUAAACUGCAAAACACAACCUUAAAUGAUUUGUGAUUAAUGUUAAUUUUUAUCAUAUGUUGUAAUUUAUUAUACAUUAUAUAAAAUUGUGUACUAAAUUAGGCCACCUCAAUUUAUAAUUAGACUCCUAUAAUAGGCAUUUCAAAGCUGUAUACAAAUUAAUUAAUAAGUUGCAGAUUAAUCAGUAAUCUGCCAAUAAUCUGCCAAUGUGUUAAUGGGUGCAACUCUACUUUAAACUUCGAAAAAAAAAUUCUGUGAAAUUUAGGUUCCUGAAACAAGCCUCAUUUAGAGUUUGUCAUACCAAACCCAGAGUACUGAAUACAAACCCAUAUAGGGGAUAUAUUUUAUUAUUCAACAAAAUAAAAUAAAUGAAAUUGUGUCUACCCACUCUGUUAUCUGCGAGUUUCUUUCAUUAAAAAUAUAGCACCUGCACAUACAAACAUUUUGUACCGGAAGUCAGCCUUGUGCCAAUAACAAUUACAAUUGUUCAGCCAUUUUCAUUUCUUUUCAAAAUUUUAUACUGAAAAUAACAUUGUGAUAUUGCCUAUGGAGAUCUAAAAUUUUAUAUUUAUACAUUUUGAAGAUUUAUAAGUUAUAUUUGAAAAUUAAAAAGAUACCAGCUAUUUCAACUGUGAACCCUAAGACUAAGAGCCGCAGUGAAAUUCAAAGUGAAGAGAAGAAAGCCUUGAUGUUAAAAUAGAUAAUGUGAUAGUGAAGAUGUUAAAAGGGUGUUGAGCUGGAGAAUCCUACAUUAAAAUAUUUAUUGCAUUUUUAGGUUAACUAUUUAAUUAUUCUAUCUUCUUUUAUUUAGGAAAUGCGACGUCGGAGAACAGAAGUUACAAUUGAAUUAAGAAAGGUAUUUCUAAUAAUAAUUUUUUAUGAAUCUUUUUUGUUGUGUUUUUUUUUUGUUUUUUUUGUUUGUCAAAACAUAGGUCAUUAAGAAAUGUUUUAAGUGACUUCAUAUAUUUACAACAUGGAAUAUAAUAUUUUGGUGUCUUUAUGUUUUCAACUAGAAUAAAAGAGAGGAACAUAUGUUGAAGAGGCGAAAUGUACCCACUCAAGAUAGCACAGAUUCUGAAGAUAACGAAAAGCCUACCACUCAAUCUUUAGAGUCUAUUGUUGCCAAUGCAAACAGUUCAGAACCAGAAAUUCAGUUAGGAGCUGUGCAAGCUGCUAGGCAAGUUAUACAAUAUAAAUUUUGGGUACAAAAAAAGUCAAAUAUAAUUAUUAAGGGCAUAUCCUAUGUGUUGAUCUAUGGGUAAAAACAAUUGCUUUGGUUCCCAGACAUAAACCAAGAUUAUUAGGAAUUUUAACGAUUUUUUGUAUUAGGCUUAUAAUUUUUAUGUAGUUUAGAAUACAUAUUUCUGCUAAAUUUUUGUUUGUAAUUUAUCAAUUAUUUUGUAAAAUCACCAGUUUUUAAUGCAGUCAUGAUAGUCAAUUGACGAUUUCUAUUCUUCAUACAUUAUCUUUUGUCUUAUACAAUUUCAGAAAGUUGUUAUCCAGUGACCGCAAUCCUCCAAUUGAUGACCUUAUUGCCUCUGGUAUUCUUCCUAUUCUUGUCAAUUGCUUAUCAAAAGAUGACAACCCUUCUUUACAGUUUGAAGCUGCUUGGGCAUUAACAAAUAUUGCUUCUGGCACAUCACAACAAACACAAGCUGUUGUAAAUGCAGGUAAAUUGUAAACUUUUUUUUCUUCAAAAUAUUUUACUGUUGGUAAACUACAGCAUCACAGAAUAUUUAGUGUAAUUUGAAUUUAGCAGUGGUUCUGGCAAUAUCUGACAGGUAAUCAUUUUAAAUGUGUAUUAUUCAACAUUUGUUGCAGAUUAAAAAAAAUUUUUUUCUAAAAGUUAUAAAAAAUUUUUUUUAAACAUGAAGAUGCAUCAAAGAGAUAUUUUAUAUCACUAUAUGCAAGAAAGAUUAACCAUGCUGCCUCUUGUGUACUUCUCUAAAGAGUUAGAAUUUCAGGAAAUCUUCCCUUUGAUUUUAACUAAUUUCGGAUGAUUGUGACUAAUUACGACCUUGUGUUUGCAGCGGUUGCGUCAAUUAUGUGUACCAAAUGUGUGUAGUGACGCAACCUCUCAUUUUAUUUAAAAAGAGUCAUAAAAUCUCAUAUCCCUUACAACUUGGUUUGAUUCUGAGUGAUUUCAAUUUUUAAAAAACAGAUUUAAAAAAAAAAAUUACUUCGCUUUUAAUCUAUGUUUGCUUUAGUACGGUGUAGCUAUUUCCAGCGCGUGUUCAUCCGAAAGUAUGAAAGACUUGUGUUCAAUAAUACCUAAAACUUAUUGAGAUUUCUCUUCUCUUGUUAAAUUUUAGGUGCAGUUCCUUACUUCCUUCAACUUUUAAGAUCCCCCCAUCAAAAUGUCUGUGAACAAGCAGUUUGGGCAUUGGGUAACAUUAUAGGUAAGUUUUAUUUAACAUUUUAAUUUUGAAAGUUCAAACAUAUUUCAUGAAUACUAAAUUAAAAUUAAAUUUUUUAAUGAUGUAAAGAAUCUUUAGAUGAAAGGUUACUAUGAAAUAAAUUUUUUUUAUCAUGUUUACUUCAGGUGAUGGUCCUCAAUGCAGAAACUAUGUAAUUAGCCUUGGAGCAGUUCAGCAUUUGUUGACUUUCAUAAACCCUAAUAUCCCACUGCCGUUUUUACGAAAUGUAGCUUGGGUCAUCGUUAACUUGUGCAGGAACAAAGAUCCACCCCCACCAGCAGAAACAAUUGAAGAAAUUCUUCCUGCCUUGUGCCAACUUAUCCAUCACUCAGAUGUCAAUGUAAGUAUUUUUUCAAAUAUGACUGUUCCAAUAUCAGUACUUAGUUUAUAUAUAAUAAAGCUAUUUAACGCUAUGUGAGGUGUUUAUUCUAAGUUGUUACCAUAAUCUAUCUCUGAAACCUUCAGGGUAUAUUGAAUUUAUUCUAUUUUAAGUGACUGUUGGGAACUAGAAAUUCAUGUACAGGCUUUAUAUCAUUGGUUAUUGAUGGUCACUCUUAAAAAUCAAAUUUUUGUUUUUCUGUUUCAGAUCCUGGUGGACACAGUCUGGGCCUUGUCUUAUCUCACAGAUGGUGGUAAUGAACAGAUACAGAUGGUGAUUGACUGUGGUGUUGUUCCUUUCCUUGUUCCAUUACUUAGUCACCAGGAUGUCAAAGUUCAGGUAAAUUUGCAAAUUCAAUUCUAACUCCAAGAAAUUGGACAGUUAAACAAUUCCACUCCAUUAUAGUCUGAGCAAAUUCCUUUCUGUACUCCCAAGCAAAGGGGUAUUAUAUAUAUCACUUUUAAAAAACAUGAUUAAAAAAAAUAUUGAUUAGGAUAAGAAACAAAUAUUUGAGUAUCAAUAUGUUGAUAAUUAAAAGUAUUUGUUAGAUACUAAUUCUAUGUGAAGCAAGGUAAGGGUAUAAAAGCUUUAAUUCUCAUACAAUUAUUGACUAACCUUCCCCCACAUUGUGUUUAUUUUUUUAAAUGCCUUAACCUUUUGGGGAAUGUAUGUUUAUUUUUAGCUGUGAUAAAUAACUUUGUACCGGACUAUCUUAUUCUAAAAAAUAUAUUUGCUUGUAAGCUGUAUGCCUAAUGUGAGUGAGAAAGUUUCUUAAAAUUGAUGUGCACAUUUCAGACUGCUGCCCUAAGAGCUGUUGGUAACAUAGUGACAGGUACAGAUGAACAGACUCAAGCAGUGCUCAACUGUAAUGCUCUCCAGCAUUUUCCGUCUCUUCUCACACACCCUAAAGAGAAAAUUAAUAAGGUAUUUAAUUCACAUGUUUGUUGAAAUUCAUAUAUUCAUAACUUUUGUCAUUUCAAUAUCCUGAAGCUCAAAACAGUGAAGUGAAGAAGUCAACCAAGACUCAUACACCUCAAAGAAAAUUUUUACUUUCAAGAAUGCAAUAUAAUUUCUGUUAACAUUUAUUUGAUAUUUCUGUCAUGAUUGUGCUUUUUUAAAUUUUGUAAUCAUGUGUUACAUUUUCUUUCUUCAGGAAGCUGUUUGGUUCUUGUCUAACAUUACAGCAGGAAAUCAGCACCAAGUGCAGGCUGUUAUGGAUGCAGGUCUCAUUCCUUUGAUUAUUCAUCAUCUGAAUAGAGUGAGUGCUUUGUCUUUUUAAUCACACCUUUUAUAUUUAUAUUAUUUUUUAUUUAGUAUAAUAAAUGAUUAGGUUGACUUAAGUUGAGGUUUGCACACUUUUUUAGGGCUUUAGUAAAUUUUGGUGGAUGUAAUUAUUAUUUUGUUAAUUCUUUUUUAAAAAAGGCACUUUAACCCUAUCACUAUCAUAACGGCAAAUGAUUAGCUGUUGUAUAAGUUUUUGUGGAGUGAAUACGAAUAGUCUAAAUGGAUAUGGUUAAGGGGAAAUCUCUGUAUAUAUGAGUUUGCUUCCUAUUUCCAUUUCUAUCAGUGUGUUAACAUACUUUUAUCAGGGCUUGUUUUGUGAUUAACCUGGUGUACCCAAUUGUUUUGGAGGGCCAUUAUGUCUGAUUCCGCCCCCCCCCCCCCACACACACACACACAAAAUAAACACAAACUUUCUUUAUUGGAUUAUGAUUUCAGAGAUAUACCUUAUGCUAGUAAUAACUUUAUUUAUUGGAAUUAUUUCAAAUGGAUUAAAAUGUAAGCAAUGAUUUCAGAGAUAUUCCACAUGCUAGUAAUAACAGUCUUAGCUCUAGCGGUGAUGGUGACUUAAGAAUCAGAUAUUAAUAAUUUUUUGCUCUAAGCUUAAUUGUAUUGUUAGAGAAAAAUUGGUUCAGGAAUGGGUGGAAAUUGAACAGAAAAGUAAAAUAAUUGGAUCCCAAGACCUACCCUCAGAGAUUCAAAGACAUUUAUGUUUGUGUAUGCUCUGGAGUGUUAAUUAAUAAUUAAACAACCAUUAAUAAUAGAACAACCCCUAAAAAAAGUUUUUCCUUUAUAAAUAUGCAUUUUUGUUUGCAUUUUGUAAUUGUUCAUGAAUUAUCAUUUAUGUGAUUGUAGCAACUGAUUUUUUGGUAUCUACUGAUUUUUGGUAUGGGAAUAGUUUUGAUCAAACUUGGAGAAUGUAAAACCUAACAGCCUAAAGAUAUAUUUGAACCCAAAAGUGUCACAAAUACAAAGGUCAUUGCAACAGCUACAAAUUUAUCUCCACACCAAAACACGCACUUAUUGAACAAAUCAUUAACAUUAAUCCCCUUGAAAAACAGGAUAAACUGAUUUUUAGGGUUGGGGCUGAAAAUUUGAUUGAAUGUACAGUAGAACCCGGUUAUGUCGACGGCCUCGGAGUUUGCCAAAAAGCUGCGAGAUAGCCGAUGAUCGAGAUAACUGUAAACCAAUAUGGUGGCAAUAUAUUAACGUGCUGGAAAUUUCGUUAUGUACAUGAUGUGUGUUAAUAAAAUGCAGGUACUUCAGAAAAAUAAUAAUAAAUAAUUUUUUUAAAUAUUACAUUUAUUUAGAGCAAAUUCCAAAUUUAAAAAAAUGAAGCAGAAUCAACUUUUAAACUUUAGUACUUUUUGAGCUACAAAUUUUUAAUGCCCGUAUAGUUUAUAUAAGGCAACGGAUCCCCUUAUUUCUAAAAUACUAUUUAGGGACUACUUAUUUUGAACUUCCAACUUUGGCACAUUUCUUUUUAAUUAAAGCUUUCCCUGACCAAUCGUUCAAUAGCUUUUGCAGACGGCAAACUCUUAUGAAUAAAACUCUGACGUACUACCACAGCAUAGCCAUUAUGCAAGUGACCGUGAAUGGCUGCCCAUGAUAUCGUUUUGCACACAGCAAAUUAUCACCAUUUAUAAUAUGGACUCUGCCAGGUUUUUAAACCUCGAAUUAAAACAUAUUUAUUUUAAUUACUUCUAGGUUCAUUCUAAAACACAAGUCCUGUAUUUUGAGAAAUAAAUAAUUAUUUUUAAUUAUGAAAAAAUGUUUUAUUUGUUGUUUGCUAUUUCUUCUUGCUGGGUUCAAAAGCCGGCGAUUGAUCAUGGGGAUUGAGAUAACCGAGGUUAAUUGGCAAAUUUGGCCUCCUUUUGUGCUCGAUAUCAGGGUUUGGCGACAUAAAAUAAUCGACAUAACCCAGGAGAAAAGGCUAAGACAAAGAGAAUUUGGCGGUUUCACGUCAAAAGCGUUGACAUAACAGGGUUGGCAAGUUAACCGAGCUCAAGACAGCGGGUUCCACUGUAUUGUCAUUGGCAAUUAAUCUAUGUUCCAAGUUUCAACUUGAUAGGAUGAUAAGAAGUGGGUCAAUUAACCUUCAUAAGAUUUUGCCACAAAGCAACAAAAAGGAUUUAAAAAAUGGAUUUAAUAACUUAAAUUGCAAAGGAAUUUUGUAAACUCAUUUCAUGCUUUCCCCCCUUGUAUUUUGUAUGACAGAAAUUUGAAAGUAGUCAAUAUAAAAAGUUCACCAAUCACUAUUAUUACGAUUUUCAUUUUAAGUACCCAUAGCUUGACAUUUUCUGAAAGAAUAUUGCUUCUAGUAUCACAUAAGCUUUAUUUUACACUAACAAUUUAAGAAAAAUGCUUUUAUGUUUUAAAUUUUUAUUUGGGUUGAGAUUUGUUGAGCAAAAUGCACAUUAACAGUUAUAGGGUUAAAGAAAUAUUUUAAUAAUUUUAUCAUUUAGUUUUAAUUUUGAGCUACAUUUAACUUCAAACCAGAAAAAUUUGUUAGUUUUUGUGUGUGUUAAAUCAAGAAGAAUCACUUUUGACAGGGAGACUUUCAGACCCAGAAGGAAGCAGCUUGGGCUAUCAGCAAUCUCACCAUCAGUGGCAAGAAGGAACAGGUGGCCUAUGUUGUUGAGAUGGGAGUACUUCCACCUUUCUGCAAUCUCCUUUCCGUUAAAGAUGCUCAGGUUGUCAAUGUGGUCCUCGAUGGUAUCAACAACAUCCUGAAAAUGGCUGGCGAAGAAGUAGAACACAUUUGCCAGAUAAUUGAAGAGUGUGGAGGUAAGCUGAGUUCACAUACUGCUUUGUUGAAAGUAUUGUGCACAUAUAUAUCCACAUUUUUUCUUGCAUGAUUUAGAAUGUUUAGUUUUAUAAUCUUUCUUUUUUUCCUCAAACUGCUUAAUAAUUUACUGACGAAAAGGUAAGUAACAUUUGAAUUAGAGCAAUAAACAAAGUACUAUAAAUAUGUUUAUAUCUCAAUCUUCAGGUCUUGACAAAAUUGAAAGUCUACAGAAUCAUGAAAAUGAGGAGAUUUACAAAUUGUCAUAUGAAAUUAUUGAUGGUUAUUUCCAAGAUGAGGUAAAUAUCUUGAUAUAUUUAAAAAAGUAUAACAGUUUCCACUUAUGACUUUUCUAGAGUCUCAAGUAAGCUAAACACUUCUACAAAUAAAACAGUUUGAACCUUAAGGCCUUACUUAUAAGCUGUCUUUUAGAUUUUACAAUGCAUUUCUCUUAGUUAAGUAAUUUUUGUGAUUCCCAAAAAUUAAAAUAGUUAAAUCAAACCAAAAGUUAUAAACACUCUUCAUAAUAUUUUAAAUUAAAAUUAGCAAAUAAGUCAUUAAUCCUAUAAAAUUCAAGGAAUACACCAUGUCGCCAUCUUGCCAAUAAUCUUUAUUAAUGUUUUAAUAAUGUGAAGCGUUCAAGUAACGGGAUCUUUUUUUCUGUAUAGCAUGUUUUAUGCUUUCUGUUCAAGCAAAAUGAAUAAUGUCAAUAUAUUGAGUGGUUCAAACAGUAGUUGGUCAAUUGAAUAAACCCUAUUUUUCCCCAGAAUGAUGAGGAAUCUCUUCUCCCUCAAGCGUCUAGAGACGGUUAUCAGUUUGAUCCUAAUGCACAGAUUCCCCAGGAAGGCUUCAAGUUUUGAUGACUGCUCCAGAAACUCUUGUUUAAAAGACAAUGUACAAAGUAGUGACACAUAUGGACUCAACAAACUGGACAUACAGUGGAGCUUGAAACAAGUUCUGUCAAUCCAACACAAAAUCUCCCAAUCCCUGCAGUGCUUUGCCCACUCGAGGGACAGAUGAUACUUACCUGGAUCAUCGCCUUUAUCAUCGGAUCACCAACUGCCUUCCAAACAACACCAAGAUCGGAUUACUAAUAUCUUUAAACCCCCUGUUGGAUAUCAGCUCAAGUGUUGCAUAUUAACUGCAGCAGGCUACAAUGGGAUCUCACAUCCCCCACCUAACAACUAAAACUUUUGCAUGUUCAAUGCUAGAUUUCUGGCUGGCUUAAUGUGCUUCAAUGUUUGGACAACUUAUGUCCUAUUUGCUGAGGAAAAUUUUUUGCGUGGUGCAAACAUGUACCCUUUGAUUAUUGUGUUGGAACAAUAGUUGACCGACAAAUUGACAUUGUGGUCACUACAUCACAGACUAUAUGACAGGACUCAACUACAAGACAAUGUAAAGGGCGCUGUUAUCUGUGUACUGACUUUUUGACAGUUCUUUACAGACCGGAAGCCACUAUUGGCACUUGCAUGUCUUCUCUGCAGACUGAUCCCCCUUAGUAAUUUAUGUAGGGUUUUGGGAGGUCAACAGUCAGGGUCCCCUCCCCAGCCCUUCUUUGAUAAUAGAGGAAAGUAAACACUGCUUGAAAGGGAAACUUAACAUGUCAUUACAAAGUUUGAUUUGUUUUAUAUGGUUCAUCGAAAUAAGUUUUAAAUACAUCUUAAAACUCGUGGUGAAAAAGGUUUAUAUAAAAAAGUAAUAUCUUUCAAGAAACAGGUGUCUAAAGUGUAUAUAUAUAUAUAUAUAUAUAUAUAUAUAGACUUGCAGUGUUGCCAAAGUGAAACUUUGUAAAGGCAUAAUUUAGUGAAGCCUAAUUCCAUUUUUGUUAAAUAUGUGAUUGUCACUGCAGGUCCUUGACUCCUGAAUUGGUUUAUGACACUGGACUGUCUAAAUGCCUGCUGAAAAAGUUCUCCCCCCCCCCCCCCCCNNNNAAAAAUUCCCCCCCCCCCCCUCUCAAUUUAUAAUGAAAAUAUAAUUAGAAUUAAAUUGUUUUCAGAAAAUGUCAGUGUCUAACUGAAUUUAUUUUUAAAAUCCUGUUUGUCCUUUUCAAAACAAACUUCAUACCUUCUGAAUUGUUACAAGUUAAAAAAAUUUUUUAGUUUACUCUGAGAAAUGUGGUUAAUGGUACAGAUAAAACUAAAGUAUGCAAUAAAUUUCUUUUAAAAACUACUUGAAUAUGUGAAAAAAUUACCUGAAAAAUAAGUAUUUUAUAUUAAAAAAAAGUUACAAUUACACAAAUUAUCAAAACUUGUUUUGACUAAAUUCACAUAUUUCAUUAACUGUAUCUUAGUAUAUGUUGUAAGUUUUAAGAAAUAAUACUUAAAUUCUGCAUUAACAAAGAUUAAGUUAUUUUUUCAUAGUCUUAAAACCUUACGGUCAAAAUAAUGCAGCAAUAGGUUUGAAAAAAAAAAUUUACUUGGAAUAUGUAACGUAAUUCUUUACUAAAAUUUAAAUCACAGCCCAAAGGCCAACCAAUAUUGUAUUUUGUAUUUGUAAAAAUAGACAAUUUUAAAGAUGUCACAAGUAAAAGACUUUCAUGCAACAGAAGUGUUUAGUCCAAAUUGUUGACAUGUUAAUGAAAGUUGUUAUGUAUAGUAAGGGAAAACUUAUUUUUGUUGUCUUUUUUUUUUUUUAAAUAAAAAUAAAGUAAAUUGUACUGUA